AUGAGACCCACCAAUUAUUUACCGAGAUCAGAUCUUCUGAUCUCGGCCUUUGCCUCAUUCUCACUAUAUGGUGCUGUAGCUAUGGCUCAGGACAACAAGGACGACGCCAAGGACAACGACCCUUCUGCUGUACCCGCGGCUGCCCCUGCGGCAACCGACGCGAAGAAUAGCGAUGCCAGCAAACCCACCGACGCCGCUGCUGAGCCUGCAAGUGAUGAAUCAAAAACUGAUGCGAAACCUUCGGCGACCCAGGAAACUAAGGAUGAUCAGCAGUCAAAGACGGAGGAGAAGGAGGAGCCCAAGUCAACUAAGAAGGAUGAGAAAGCCUCAUCCACUGAGGAGGACGAAGCCACCACUGUGACAGGAGAAGGCCCGACCAAAACCGAGAAUAUUCAGUCUACGCUCACAACUAUUGCUUCAGCGGCAGCGGGUACGGACGAGGCUAUGCCUACAUUGACACGAUAUAAGCCCAUUCCUACUUAUCCGGCUGCUACCGUGCCGCCUACCAACAAUGCUCCUUUUAUGCGCCAUUCGAGCGCCCCUGACGGAACCGUCUUCAUUGCUGUAGGUGCCAUUCUUGGCGCACUUGGUCUUGGUAUCCUACUCUGGCGCCUCAUUGUUGGUAUCCUCCUCCAUCGAUCCGUGGAGCGAGCAGCGAAGGCUCAACACGACGAAACCGCAAAGACAGGUUUCCCUGCGCCCCCUGCGCCCUUCUACAAAUACACCGAUACCGGUUCAACUAUGUCUCUCUCAGCUGGGCGUGGUGUACGACGAACUACUCGUGGACCCGUUCUCUCAUCGACUCCUAGCGCUUCUAAUCUAUUUUUCUCGCCAACGGCUGCAGCAUCAGGCAAUGGGGCAGGUAACCGCGGUUCUUCAUUCCUGCCUUCAGGCUUCUAUGCAGCCGGAACUAGUUCUCCCGGAGGUCAACAUGAGAAUAAUAUCAGUUUGACCAACUUGCGUCCUGACUCUCGCGGCUACUUCGGAACUCCUUCGCGACACACUCUGAAUCCCAGCCCUCCUGAAUCACCGUCAUUCCAGGGUCGAAGAGACAUCAGCAACUCGACUCUCAAUCUCAACCGACCACCAAGUCAACGUGCCCCAAGCGCAUUCCUUGAAGAUCUUCUCACCGACGACCCUUCAGCUCUGCCACCGCCACAUAUGCCUGCAUCAGCUGCAAGGCGCUCGUCGUACGGCAGUGGAUCUCCUGGUGCACAUAACCGGAUAUAA